CGCAUGCGCGGCCACACCUUGCGGAGCCGGCGGGGCUGGGGGAGGCAACCGAACUCCGCCGCCGCAGGAUGAGCCGCCGGCUGCGAAGGAGGGGCCUUUGGCGCGCGGCGAGGCGGCAGCAGGGGCCACAACAAUAAGGCGCUUAAAGUGCCUGCUUAAAGCAGGCGCGCUCCUCGGCUUUCUUUGCCGCCACAGAAAGGCUGCCAAGCGAGUAGAGGGCCCCGACGAAAGAGCUGCUGCUGCUGCAGCCUUUCCUGCUCGCCACCCCCCACCAGCACGAGGCGAGAGAGCCGCAGCAUGGAAAAGGGAGCUAGCCCAGGUCAUGCCUCCAAGGAGCCUGAAAAAAGACAAGGUGCUGGAGCAACAAAUGGAAAAGACAAGAAAUCUGAUGGUCAAAAGAAAGUUGAAGAAGAAUUUGAUAUAGACAUGGAAGCACCAGAGACAGAGAAAGCUGCAGUAGCGAUACAGUCUCAGUUCAGAAAAUUCCAGAAGAAAAAGUCUGGGUCCCAGUCUUAGUAGCUACCUCAUGAUUUCCACCAUCACAAUAUCCUGGUCUGUCAGGAAAUCAAGAAAUAAAACAAUCUAGAUGCAUGUAAAGAACUUAACACUAUUUAAAACUCCAUUGGCAGGUAUUAAAACAAUGAAGCUUGUUGUGUGGCUUAAUCUCUACAUUUAUCUCCAGUCACAUUUCUUCUGUAACCCACCAUUUUACUUGAUGUUAAAUAAAACGUUAGGAUGAAGUUA